UAUGGGGUGCGGGGGGGCAGGAUCAGAGCCCAGAUGUUUGAGGACCCAGCAGUGGUCCGGACGGUGGAGGGGCGGCCCAGCAUCAAGACGUUUGACAGUGCUAUAGUGGACUGCGGAGCCCCUCUGCCCUGGGCCACCAUGCAGAGGGCGGGCUGGAUGGGGCCGUCCUGCAGGAAAAACAGAAUGGCCGGAUCCAUACUAGAGGACAACGCUAUCGUCUGUGUGAUCGACGGCCAUGGGGGCAGAGGUCACCGUGGGUCGCCUCCGAUCCUGCACUCUCCAUAUCCCUCCUCGGGGUUCAGAGCCCGGGGUACUCUGCCCAGGGGAGAGGGCUUGUCAAACAGGCUCUACUCCCAUCGCCCGCCACCUGGCCCGUCCCCCCUCGUCAGGAACUGGAUGAACAGCUCCACAAUCCCUGGUUCCCUGGUCCAACCGAGACAGACGCCCCCACCACAAUUCAGCCAGCCUCAGACCCCAAAGAUGAUGCAUCUCCGCUUUGGUGCCAACUCCCCAGGCCCCUCCCCCUACUACAGCCCUUCCUCCACUCCUGUGCAGCCUAUCAGGUACCCUGGGCCCGUCACCCAGCUCCACCCCCAACACAAGAGACUCCUCGGCCAGAAGCGGACAGCAGAAAGGAAGGCAGAGAGCUGGGACCCCUACUGCCACCUGAUGACUGAGAAGGAGAAGGAGUGGAUCACCCGGCUACAGAUGAUCCAGCUGCAGACGGAGAACCCUGACCUGGAGGAUUACUACUACCAGGAAUAUUACCGGCGGAUGGAGGACAAGCUGGUGGAGGAGGAGCUGGGAAUGCGGAGCAAGAGGGAGCCUCCUAAACUCUUCACGCCCUACAUCACUAAGACUGAACCCUACACACCAGUGGUCCACAUAGAGGGCUCUCUUGGCCAGGUGGCGGUUUCCACAUGCUACUCCCCUCGCCGGGCCAUCGGUGCCGUGAACGCCAACCCAACCCAUGGAUCACAUGAGGAACCCAAAGACGUGAAAACACAGCAACACGAGGUCCUAAUGCAGAUGGAGAAGCUCUUUGUGGUUCUGCUUGAAGUGGAGGAGGAAGACAGGAUGAAGGGCAAGGUAUUGGCUGAGGCGGAGGAGAAAAAGGCGAAGGAGAAGACUCGGCGGAAGGUUCAGAACAUCUUGUCUCAGCUGCAGCACUACGAUGCCCUAGAGACGGGUGUGGAGUUCCUGUCGUGUCUCAUGUUCAGCAAGGGGAAAAAGCUGAUCUCGCGCCUGCUUCCGUUCCUGGACCAGGCCGCCGGCCUGAGGAUCCUGACCGUGGUGACCUCUCACAUCCCCACGCUGAUGAGCAGAGACAUGGAUGAGGUUCUCCCUGUGCUCUACCCCUCCCUGAGGACUGUGAUCUCAAUGCUGACCUUCAGCCAGCUCAUAGUCAUCCUGAAGAACCUGACGUCCGUCGGGGAGACCCCGGAGGGUCCCGGGGGCCUCCUGCAGACCUGCCAGAACAAGUUUGGUCUGUCCCUGCUCUAUGCCCUCCUGUCCCAAGGGGAGAGGUUGCUUUCCUCUGGGAGCCCCUUGGAUCCCAGCAUCGGAGACUUCGAGACCUGGACGGACACGAUCUUCCAGGUGGCGGGCGAGCUGUCCCACUGCACCCUGGUAGAGCCCCUGCUACUGCCCUCAAACCUCCUCACGCUGUUCUGCCGAUACCUGGACAAACGCACCGUCCACCAGCUCAAGAGCAACAUGGAAUCUGCGUCAGGGUUGGCUCUUCCAUCGUGAAAGGGAGGAGCUCUAGAAGUUAAUCUCUUCAGCAGAUUGUCAACCCAACGGUAGGAGUUCACCAACGUGGUGGACUGGAUUCUCCGUGCAGAUCUACUGUAAAUAACGACUGUAUUUAUUCCCCUGUCCCUCACCUUUCCCUCACGCCGUUUCCAUUUUAUUUCCUUUAUCUUGUUUUUUAUGUUCUCCCCCUUGAAACGCCCAUGAUUAUGUUUACUCAGCAUGUCAGGUUGACUUGUGUUAAACAAGGUUUAUUUUUAUAGGUGCUGCUUGAUGUCAGCUUUGUUAGCUUGACCUCUAGUGGGAGCUAAUGGGCUCUGCUAGUUCAUUCUGCGAAUUUGUGAUCCAAUAGUUUCUGAGAAGGCACCUUGAUGGACCUUAACGUUUUGGGGUCAAAAGGGUUUUGGCCGUACUCUACGUUAUCGUUUGUAAACUGAGUUUAACGUUCUGUAGCUCGGAUUCUUGGGAUUGUAUAGUUAUUUAUGAUUGUACAGCUACAUAUCUGUUCAUUGUAGAAAUGCUAAAUGCUACCUUCUGGCACGCCAGGAGAGGCUGUGCAAAAUGUUAUUAUUUUAUUUGAUGCUUUUGUAAAACAAAGUGAAUGUAUGUACAUAUGUGGAAUAGCGCACAUUGCACUGUAUUCCUCAUGUUUAAAUAUCUCAGUUGUCUAAUAUUAUUUAAGUUGGAAACGGAAAUUAUUUAACAUGCACUAUAGAGCACUUGCAAGAUAAAUAAAAUUCUGUAUAAA